UUUCGUGAGUUGGAAUGUUAUUAUCAAUAUUAUAGUUAUUAUUUGCAGUUUUUAGUGCUCAUUGAGGCUCUUCUAGCUCUCGAUAAGCAUGUCUCAAGGGACAAUUUGAAAUUUUUAACACUCUUCCAGUUCAAAAUUUAAUUUAUCAAAAAUUGUUAAUAUCGAAGGAGAAAAAUUAACUCUGUCACGUCCAAUAUUGCUGACGGCCAACCAUGGAAGCUGUAUCAGAUUUUAUUCAGAGAAUAUUGUUGCUAGUUGUAACGCCAAAAUGUUAUAAGGUGUUUUUUUAUGAUCUAAAUUUUUUUGAUGUGGAAUGUCUAAAAACUUCUGCUAGCAAAGGUCUCGGAUUUGGAAUUGUUGGAGGAUCUUUAUUAGUUAAACUUCCUCAGGUACUAAAAGUAUGGAAUAGUAAAAGCGCCAAAGGUAUCAGUUUGGUAAAUGUCAGUAUGGAUCUCUUUGCUGUUACUACCAAUGUAGUUUAUAGCUAUGCAAGCAAUUUUCCAUUUAGUGCUUGGGGAGAUUCCUUCUUCAUACUUAUACAGACAUUAAUUAUUGUAAUAUUAGUAUUAAAGUAUAACAUAUCAAAAAAGGUCUCUACAUUAUUUACAGUUUUAUAUUGUACUUUGUUUUUGGCCUUAAUUUCAGGCUAUGUGCCCAAAGAUUAUCUAUGGACAGCUCAAUUAAUUAGUAUUCCAUUAAUGUUUUAUGGAAAGUUGACCCAAGGCUACGUCAAUUACAAAAACAAAGGCACUGGUCAGCUUUCUAUAGCCACUUGCAUCCUUUUGUUUUUGGGUUCAUCCGUUAGAGUUUUUACAUCAAUUCAAGAAACUGGGGAUUUACUGCUCAUAUGGGCUUUCUUAUUAGCAACAAUAGCCAACUUCAUCAUUGUAGUUCAAUUUUAUUACUAUAAGAAACCACAGAAAGUAGUUAAAAAAAAUAAACAGUCAAAAAAAAAUCGUUAAAAAAAUGGUGUUGAAAAUUUUAUUACAAUUCAUAUAAGGAUUUCUGGAACUAUUUACCUUAUAUUAUUGUAAUUAAAUCUAAAUAAGAAACUAAAAGUAUUAAUUUUAUAGAGAGAAUAAUUACUUAGUUUGAUUAUUAUAGUUAGACUAGAUGCUUUUAAUCUAGUCUAAAACAUGAAUUGCAAUACUUGUAGAUAUAAUUAUCUACACAAGUAUGUAUGUUUUAUAAAAUAUUGAAUUUUUUCACAGUGUAUAUUAUUUUUAUAUCAUUUCUAGCCCCAAAGUUUAAAUGUGCAAUUAAUAUCAAUUA